AUGUCUGCACCGAGGCUGCGCCGACACAAUAUCCUGGUCCUGGCGGUUGUGGCGCUGGUCCUCUGCUCCGUCGCCCUCCCCUUCCGCUCCCACCUCGGGGAGGCCGCGGCGAAGAUCAGCGGCGCAGGGCCAUUCCUGCAUGCCGAGGAGGAGGCACUGGUUGGAGACGCGUGCCUCCAGUCCUUCCCCUGGAUAGACUCUGCGUUGAUUACAUUCUUUGAGAAGGCGCGUUCUUCAGCCAGGGAGUCCAACCUCACUGCCAGCGAGGGGCUCCAGGCGCUGCACAAGAUCCGGUGGGGGAAGUACCCCCCCGGACAUGAUGAGGUCUCCCUGCUUUACAAUGCCAGCACUGCACGCGUGGAAAUGGAGAUUGUCAAGACGUUCAAGCCCAAUGCAGCGCACAAGCGGCCCUGCAUCCUGGACGUCCUGAGGGACGCAGUGCAGCGGCACAGUGCCGCCCUGCAUGCCCUGCUGGGCGGCCGGGAGCUGAGGCUAGUGAUCGAGACGGAGGACUUUCCCAUGACGUCGCAGGGCAAACGCCUGCCAGCCUUUGCCAUGUGCUGGGAGCAGCACAGCAUCGAUAUCCCCAUCCCCGACUUCACCUUCAAGUGCUACCCCGAGGCCAAGUACACCAACACGUCCUGGGCGGAGAUGGCCGCCCUCAUCGACCACCGCUCCCAGAUGGUGGGCUGGGACCGCCGCGCAAACGCCAUCUUCCAGAGGUGGUGGCGAGGGGGAGCAACUGGGGGGGUGGGCCCCCGGCGCAGCCUCCUCCCCGCCCUGGUCCAGCUGAGGAAAGAGGGGCGUGACGAGGCCGAAUUGGGCGCCAGGCUGGACGUGGAGGACACAGAGUUUGUGGCCUCCAACGCCGCGCGGUUCGAGUGGGUGGACACAUGGUGCAACAGCAAAUACAUGCUGCACACCGCCGGCUUCAGCUACUCGGCGGCGCUCAAGUACCGCCUGGCCUGCGGGGCGCUGGUCUUCAAGGUGCCCUCCAAAUGGGUGGAGUUCUACGAGCCUGGGCUGGAGGCCGGGGUGCACUACGUGGAGCUGCCGCCCUACGAGCAUGAGGGCGGGGAUGCACAGCGCUAUGUGCAGGAAGCGGCGCCGCUGAUCAAGCAGGCGGUGGUGGACACGCUGGGCGGCACGGAGGUCCCGGAGAUUGCGGCAAAUGGCCAGGCCUGGGCGCUGCAUAAUCUCAGCGAGGAGGGCUUGUCCUGUUAUUGGUAUGCGGCUAUCAAGCGGUAUGCGGAGAUCUACUUUGAUCCGCGAGGGGAGGAGGCGGAGAAAGCCGAGGUUGCAGCGCAAGACGAUGCUUGA